CUAUAGUCUAAAUGAGCUAUCCUCGUACGCGACCAUCGUCAGUAACCAGUGAGUUGCCCAACGGAACGGAAACCAAAAUCCGGAACUAGCACACGGGGUACAACCUUCCAUCGAGCGUUGUCUUACUUGACACAGUUUGACCUUGUCCGUUUAGAAAAAAAGGAUCUGUGAGGUUGAUUAAAAAACAGUUCGAAUAAUUCGCGACCAAACAACAGAAAGGUUGAUCGGUAAAGAAUCGACUAAAACACAACGGUUCUAUAACAGCAGGCAGCAAAGCAAAACAGUAACCUAUCAUCAUCAUCAUGGGUGUUCAGGAUCUGCAGGAUCAUGUACUGGUGCAGUGUGACUUCGAAAUCUUCGGUCAGGUGCAAGGCUGUGGCUUUACCAAAUUCUGCCGGGACAACUGUCUGGCGCUGGGCAUUAAAGGAUGGGUGAAAAACUCCAAGCAGGGUACCAUCAUGGGCAAGAUGCAGGGUGCCAAGGGUGACGUCGGUAAAAUGGUCGAUUGGCUUUCCAAAACCGGUUCGCCCGGAUGCAAAAUCGAUAAGGCAGAAUUCACCAACUGGGGCACCUGUUCGCGGUUGGCGUUUACGGACUUUGCAAUUAGAUUUUAAGUUACGCCGCCGUUACUUACAUGUACACACCCUUGCCCGUACUCACGCACCCGGCGUGGGGAAUAACACAUUAAGCGUUAAGCAGUGAUGUAUUCUAUUUUAAUUUGGAUAAUUAUUCUAUGAUAGAGAUACCAUGAAUGGCACCAUGGAAAAAGGGUGGCACUGGUCCGAGAAUGCUUCUUUAACGAAUACAAUCAUUCGCGAUCGCGAAUGUUGAGCGAGAAGCUGUUUAGAUAAUAUUAUUAUUAUGUGUUUUCUAUGUAUGUCUCACUGUGUGUCCCGUUUGGCAGAACAGGACAUCUGCACUGUAUUCGAGUUACCGGUAUGGGAAGAGAGAGGUAAAUUGACAGGGCGAUAGUGUAGGAACAGAGAUCAAUAAUUGUACUGAAGUGUAGGGAUCCGUUUCCGUUCGUUAAACACUUCCGGUCUGAAUCGGUAGUCAUCAGUAAGCGUACUUACGCGAAAUACGAAUCACACCUAAAAGCAGAAGAAAAACAUAAACACACAUUAUACAUUACAUGCAAUUUUUUCAUCCGCAAUGAACGAACACUUCGAUUAGGUUUAAGCAUAUUUAUAUUUGAUCUGUAAAUACUGUGAAUGAGAAGAUAGAUGAAGAUGAGAGCAAUAAAGCGUCAAUCUAACCUGUGAA